AUGAAGUUCAUCGCCGUCCUCUCAUUCUUCGCUGCUGCGUCAGUCGCUCUUCCCACUUCCAACCCUUCUUCUGAGCUUGAAGUUCGUGCUGAGCUCGAGGAGCGUCAAUCUGGAAGCAUCACUCGCGAUGAUCUCUCCAAUGGCGCUUCAUCUGCUUGUCCUCCUGUCAUCUUCAUCUACGCCCGAGGUUCCACUGAGCUUGGAAACUUGGGAACGCUUGGUCCCCGAGUUGCCUCUGUGCUUGAAAGCAACUACGGCAGCAAUGGAGUCUGGAUCCAAGGGGUUGGUGGAGCAUACCGUGCUACCCUUGGGGAUAACGCCCUUCCUCGAGGAACCUCUUCGGCAGCCAUAAGAGAGAUGAUUGGUCUUUUCAACCUUGCAAACUCAAAGUGCCCUUCUGCAAAGAUCGUUGCUGGUGGUUACAGUCAAGGUGCUGCCCUUGCUGCAGCCAGCAUCGAGGAUCUCAGCACUGCUGUCCGCAACAAGGUUGUCGGUACCGUCCUGUUCGGAUACACCAAGAACCUGCAGAAUCUUGGCCGCAUUCCAAACUACCCACGAGAGCGAACCCUGGUUUUCUGCAACAUUGGGGACUUGGUUUGCACUGGCUCCUUGAUUGUUGCUGCUCCCCAUCUGGCUUAUCAGUCUGAUGCCUCUGGACCUGCACCCCAAUUCCUCAUUCAGCGCGUUGCUGCUACCUCUAUCUAGUUGGGCUAUACUUUGGCAUAGUAGUGAAAACGCUGUGCUUACCAUAGGGUACCUGGGGUCCUGUGCAGUGACCGAACUUUUCGCUCUUUAUUAUGAUUGGUUUACUGUGUUGUUGUUGAUGUUGCUGUUCUUUCUUUUUCUCAACUGUCACUCCCUUAAGAGCUAGUUUAUAUCGACCCUGGAGGCUGAAUAACACUUUGUCUUCCUCUAUGCAUACGC